AUGGGCUGCAACACUUCCAAGGCUGCUCCGAAGUCUGGAGAGGAUAGGACUGCCGCCGAGCGCAAGGCUGCGUGGGAGAAGAUCCGCCAGAGCCUACCCCGCCAGAGGACCCCUGAGGACAAGGAGCGCCACGUAUUGUUGUUCAAGAAGUUCGAUAAUAGCGAAUCUGGGAAGCUCACAAUGGAGGAGGUCUACCAGGGCUGCGUGGAUAUUCUUCAGCUUGAUGAGUUCACAACGCGCCUGCGCGACAUCGUGCAGAGAGCCUUCAGCAAGGCCAAAAGCAUGGGCAACACCGCUGACGACGGCCAGGAAAGCUCUGACUACGUUGAGCUCUUGGAGUUCCGCCUGAUGCUGUGCUACAUCUACGACUACUUCGAGCUCACCGUCAUGUUCGACGAGAUUGACACCUCCGGCAAUAUGCUGGUGAGCGCGAAAGAGUUCAAGGCUGCCCUGCCGAGAAUUGGUGAGUGGGGCGUUGCCAUCGAGGAUCCAGACAAAAUAUUCAAGGAGAUCGACACGAACAGCACUGGGCAGGUGACAUUUGACGAAUUCGCUGCGUGGGCCACUGGAUGCAAGCUUCAAUCUGACGCAGAUGCUAUGAAGUCCGAGUAG